CUAUUCCAAGAGUGAUGUUAAUCGGGAGUAUUUUGCUGAAGAGCACGAUCGCAAGACUCGAGCUGGCUUGGAUUAUGAAUCCUCAUAUGGGGAAGUACACCCAAAUGAUACUAUUUUGAAGCUUCAAAGGACAACACCAUACUACAAAAGAAACCGGGCUCAUAUUUGCAGUUUCUUCAUAAGGGGUGAGUGUACCAGAGGAGCUGAAUGCCCUUAUAGGCAUGAGAUGCCAGUAACUGGGGAGUUGUCACAACAAAGUAUCAAAGAUCGUUAUUAUGGGGUGAACGAUCCUAUGGCAUUAAAGUUACUUGGCAAGGCAGGAGAGAUGACCUCUCUGGAGCCUCCAGAGGAUGAGACCAUUGGAACUCUUUAUGUUGGUGUGCUUGAUGCUAGGGUCAGUGAGCAGGAUCUUCGUGAUCACUUUUAUGCCCAUGGUGACAUAGAAUCCAUCAAGAUGGUGCUCCAACGGGCUUGUGCAUUUGUAACCUACACAACCAGGGAGGGUGCAGAAAAAGUAGCAGAAGAGCUCUCCAACAAGCUAGUUAUCAAGGGCCUAAGGUUAAAGCUGAUGUGUGGCAGACCACAGACAGCAAAACCAGACUCUAAAAGUUCUGAUCAAGCAAGGCAACAGGCAUUUGUGGCUCACAGUGGGUUGUUGCCUCGAGCUAUCAUAUCGCAACAGCAGAGCCAUGAUCAAACCCAGAGAGUGCAUUACUAUAACAUUGCACCUCCUCCUCGGCAAGAUAGAAGCUACUAUCCAUCAAUGGAUCCUCAGAGAAUGGGUGUUGUUAUUCCAUCUUAAGAUGGUGGUCCUCCUGUUGGGGCUACUAGGACCGAAGAGAACAAGCAGCCCAAUUUGGAGAAGCGGUAAAUGCAGCAUUAUGCCCAUCCAAUGAUGCCUCCACCAUCUGGGCAAUAUCACCAUCAUUAGUAUUGUCCCCCUCCUCCAUACGGUUAUAUGCCACCUGUACCUGCUUAUCAAUAGUACCCACCACCAUACAACCCUGGGAUGGCUACAUCUCAGCCACUGGCAGUAAACUAGCCAUGUCAGCAAUCCAUGCAGCCGGGUUCGUCUGCUCCCUUAGGGUCAACACCAACAGGAUCAAGACCUACUGGUGGUUUCGUACCUGUAGAAGCCGGAACAUCAGCCUCGGCCUCACAGUAGCAGUGAAAUCUUUCAUGUGCUGGUGUUCCAUCUCUAUGCUUUAUUCUAGCUUUAAAUGGCCAUACUGACUGGGGGAAUAUGUCAUAUCUCUAGCCUCGGGCAAUCACUUUUGUAGCACAAUUUCUU